AUGGCACCUCUCAAAGUCACCAUCAUCGGCGGCGGUCUUGCCGGCGCAUGUCUGGCAAACGGUCUAAUCAACAAAUCUAACAACCAAAUCGAUGUCUCAGUCUUCGAACGCGACGAAGCAGGCUCAGAGCGAGGAGGCUACCAAAUCCGUCUGGGAGCAUACGCCUUGGCCGGCUUCAGGGCUUGUUUGACGAAAGAACAAUUUGCAUCUCUUCUCCCCUUGUUUGGCAAGUCUGGUGGUGUCGUGUCGUCAGCGCCUUGCAUCUUCAGCCCCUCUGACUUGAAAGUCCUGGUCGAUUUGAGCAAAGCCCCCCUAUAUGAAAAGAGCGCCCCGGUUGCGCGAGUGCGUCUUAGGGAUUUCCUCCAGAAACCACUCCAAGAGAGAGGAGUUAUAGAAUAUGGAAAGAAAUAUGUCCGUUAUGAGGUUUUAAAAGGUAAAGCCCCCGGACAGAGCAGCGUCAGAGUCCAUUUUGAUGAUGGAUCUCAUCAUGAUUGCGACGUGCUCAUAGCAGCCGAGGGAAGCGGAAGCCGUGUCAACAAGCAAAUUGGACUCAACAACAUCAUCACCGACGUUAAGCCUGGACAUGGAGGGUUUUUGGGCAAAUGCCAUCUAUCAUGGCCUGUACUCGAGACACUGCCACAUCAGCUUGUGGAAAAGGGCACCAUCUAUACAGCCAACUCCAAGGCCAUGAUAUUCUCUGCUGUAUAUCUUCCCGAUAGCUUUACCUCGAAAUCUCCCAGUUCUAAACACGCUACUGGGAAGCCUGGGGAAAACGGCGAGGAAGAGGCAUCACUGUUCCUGGGCGUGUCGUGGACAACGGGACCUGAAUCAGCUACAUUGGACCAAGUCAAAGACAAAAAAGGGUUAAUGAGAGAGAAGCUCAUCGAGGCUGGAUUCCAUCAUGAUUGUCUCAAAAUCGUGGAUGCAGUUGACGAAACAGCCAUCUUGACCACACCUUGGAGAUAUGCCAACAGUGAUACUCCCGUUGACUGGAGACAACGACUUCUGGCCAAGGAUGAGAACAAGUCGGACCCUACUAUUGCAAACUCACGAGUUUGGCUGAUAGGUGAUUCUAUUCAUCCGAUGCUUCCAACAAGAGGCAUGGGUGCAAACAAUGCUAUCCAUGAUACGGCUGAUGCACUCGAGCCAUUGCUGGAGCUUGCUAGGAUGAAGAAUUCGUAUGGAAAUGUCACAGACGAUCAAGUGAAACAGCAGCUGGCGGUUUACGAGAAAUCCAUGAUUCCAAGGGCCUUUGACUGGGUCAAAAAGAGUACCAAUCAGCAGUUACCAGACCUUGAUAGCGUGACUGGAAAAGCAAUAAUGUUGGGUCUACGAGUAGUUCUCUUCGUGCUCGGUAUUGGUGUCAAGUGUCUUGGGUUAUUUGGUUGGCAACCGAAGGACGAAGCUCCUGAACUCAGUUAG